AUGGAAUUUAACGAUGAAAUUAAGGAAGAGGUUGUUGAAUAUGACCAAGGACAUAUAGAGAGAUGGCCUUCCACAUCAACAGAUCUUGGUGAUUUGAAGAGCGAACCAGAAGUUAACUCUGCUAUGGCAGUAAAAUCUGAAAUUAAGGAAGAUUUUGUUGAAGAUUACCCUAAAUAUCUAGAGAGUCAGUUGUCCACUGUCCUUGACCUAGGAAAUGUGAAGGAUGAAGCAGAUGAGUAUAACUCAGGCCUGUUUGAGGUGGAGAACACAUCGAAAAUUAUGAAAACAAUACCUGUAGGAUCAUGUAAUAAAAAACAACACAUAGACCGACCUGUUAAAGAAAAAGCAUUGAAAUGUGAAAUUUGUUUUAAGCAACUUGCCCAUAUGAGUUCAUUUAAGGUACAUAUGAGAGUUCACACUGGAGAAAAACCUUAUAAGUGUGAAAUUUGUUUUAGACAGUUUUCUCGGGCAAGUUGUUUGAAACAACAUCAAAGGACGCACACGGGAGAAAAACCUUACCACUGCGAAAUUUGCUCUAAGCAGUUUUUACAGAAAAAUACUUUAUAUCAACAUACGAAAUUACACACGGGAGAAAAACCGUACAAGUGUGAAUAUUGUUUUAAACUGUUCUCUCAAAAAUUUUCUUUAUAUGAACAUAAGAAAGUUCACACAGGAGAAAAACCUUAUAAGUGUGACAUUUGUUUUAGAGUAUUUUCUCGAGUAAGUUGUUUGAAAGAACAUCAAUGGACGCACACGGGAGAAAAACCUUACCAGUGCGAAAUUUGCUCUAAGCAGUUUGCGCAUAAAAGUUCUUUAUACCCACAUAUGAAAGUUCACACGGGAGAAAAACCGUACAAGUGUGAUAUUUGUUUUAAACUAUUUUUGAGGGCAAAAUAUUUGAAACAACAUAUAGAGACGCACGCGAAAAAAAGACCUUACCAGUGUAAACUUUGCUCUAAGCAGUUUACCUAUAAAAGGUCUUUAUAUCAACAUACGAAAGUUCACACUGGAGAAAAACUUUAA